AAAAGAAAGGUAUUAUAAUUCCAAAUUGUGUGUGGCUAUAUAAGCGUGGCGGAGGCACUAUGAGUACCCGAGCACAAUCCAGCACUCGGAAGCCCAAAAGCCCGCGGCGAUUGUUGGGAACACCGGCACCAACACCCGGCCGCGCAAGUAUUGUCAGUCAUGGAUUCUCCUUAAUCGAAAGUGGAAAUUUCGACAUAAUGCCCAAGCUGAACGAUAUCAUUAACCGGCUUUCCUCGCCCCAGGACCCCAAAUCAGGCGUUAAACUGUCCGAGUUGGAGAUCGCCGCCAUCUGUACCAAGGCCCGGCAGGUGAUGCUGGAGCAACCGCCACUGCUCGAACUGGAGGCGCCCAUCAACAUACUUGGCGACUUGCAUGGCCAGUAUAUGAACCUCCUAAAGUACUUUGAGUCGACUGGCUUUCCACCAAAUACCAAAUAUCUACUCCUGGGCGACUACGUAGACCGGGGCAAGCAAUCCAUCGAGACUAUAACUCUGCUGCUGGCCUACAAAAUACGCUACCCAGAUCAUAUUUAUUUAUUGCGUGGAAACCAUGAAAGCGCCGGUCUAAACCGAGUCUAUGGUUUCUACGAUGAGUGUAAGCGUCGCUAUACGGUUAGGAUGUGGCGCACCUUUAUCGACUGCUACAGUUGCAUGCCACUGGCAGCCAUUAUAGAUAGCAGCAUCUUCUGCUGCCACGGCGGACUAAGUCCUAAUCUUUUCUCCAUGGAUCAACUACGGAUGGUGAACCGACCUUGCGAUAUACCCGAGUUCGGCCUGCUCUGCGAUAUUUUGUGGUCCGACCCAGAUUCCAGGGUCUUGGGCUGGGGCACGAACGAUCGUGGAGUUAGCUACACCUUUGGCUCAGACAUUGUGGGCACGUUCCUCAGCCGGCACGGCUUUACGCUCGUCUGUCGCGGUCAUCAGGUUGUGGAAGACGGAUAUGAGUUCUUUGCCAAACGCCAGUUGAUUACGAUUUUUUCCGCGCCAAACUAUUGUGGCCAGUUUGACAAUGCCGGCGCUAUGAUGUGUGUGGACCAGAAUCUUCUCUGCACAUUCCGUAUUCAGAAGCCGUUGCAAUCGAAGCGGCCAAGUUUGGCAGACGACCAUUCAGUUUCCGUAGUCUCUGUGCCAGUAGCAGUCCCAUCGAUGAAAUAAUUUUUAAAAUUGUCAUUCUAUGUCAGGGGGGAUCCAAUAAUAUCUUCCACCCUGCACACUAUAUCCGAUGAAUAUAUUAAAGAACAUUCAA